CUCCCUCGGGGCCUCUCACUCCUCCUCCACCUCCCACAGCGAGGUGGGGCCAUGUACGACUUCAGCGAGCACAGCUCUGCUUCCCAUUCUGGCCCGGAAGCGGGGCCGUGGUCGGCGUGGAGCGGUGAGAGAGGGUCCGCUCCCUCUCGGCCCCGGGCAGCAUGCCUGCCCCCCUCGACAGCGGCACCGAGGCUCCCUCCCUGAGCUGGGCGCGGCUGGGAGCAUUCUCCGCUAGCGCCCAGGGCGCAGACCUCCUGCUGGAGAUGGUCUUCAGCCUGGGCUUAGUAAUCUUCUUCCUGGCCUCGCCGCACGGCGCCUACGUGGUCUGUGCUGUCAUCGAGCUGGUGCUUGCCGGAACCUUCUACUGGGUUUACCUCAACCACUAUGACCAGACCAUCAUCUCCCUCAACUGGUCUUCGACAGACGUAUUCCGGUGUACGGCAGCCACCAUCAUCUAUCUGGUUAUUUCCAUCUCGUACGGAAUGUCUGGAAACAUGGUCGGAGUGAUCCUCAGCCUCAUUACGAUGUUCAUCUUCACCCACAAUCUCUACCUCCUCAGGCCAGUGUUUUGUCCGCAGAGGCCAGAACCCGCAAAGCAACCUGCCUACGACCCAUGAGAGAGAGAGAGAGAGAGAAGACUGGCCCUUCUGCCCAUCCUACUGGACCUGACCUCAGGCACACCCCUUCCUCCCACUCCAAAUGAGAUAUCCCCUGCACCUGCACCCACCCCGCCCCUCACAUCCAAUCCUACACUCCUCCCCAAAAGUGGUGGUGGACGGUGGAGUUGGGGAGGGUAGUGGUGAAUCUCAGGGACAGCCUCUUCUCCCCACCCCACCCCCGAGAGGCAUCAGCCUGGUCUGUGGUGCUCGAUGGGGCCAAACUGCCUAAUUCCGCUCCCUUGUCUUAUGGAUCCAUGGAAUUUGCCUGCUGGGAUUCCAGCUCGCAUGAGGUGCUGAGGGGAGUGUUUGAGAGACCCAUGGCUGGCUAUUCCUCCCUCCUCAACUGGUUCAUGGAGACCGGAACCAUGCCUGGUAUUCCAUGUGGGAUAUGGAGACCGGAACCAUGUACGGUAUUCCAUGUAGGAUACGGAGACCGGAAUCAUGCACGGUAUUCCAUGUAGGAUAUGGAGACCAGAAUCGUGCAUGGCAUUCCAUGUGGGAUAUGGAGAGCAGAAUCAUGCACAGUAUUCCAUGCGGGAUAUGGACACUGGAAUCAUGCACUGUAUUCCAUGCGGGAUAUGGACAUUGGAACAAUGCACGGUAUUCCAUGCGGGAUAUGGAGACCAAAACCAUGCCUGAAAUUCGCAGAACUAAGCCUGAUAUUGCUGAUGGAUGAGAUGGGAACGAAGUUUAAUAUUCCCAAUGGGACACAGACUGGAAUUGUGCUGUCAUUCCCGGCUUGAUAGGGAGACUGGAACUGCAAGGUAUUCCCAAUGGGAUAUGGAGACUGGGAAUGUGCAGAUAAUCCCGGGUUGACACAGAGACUGGAACUGAGAUUGAUAUGGAGAGUGGAACUGUGACACUAUUCCCAGUAGGAUACAGGGACCGGGACUGUGCGUGACAUUCCUGGUGGGAUAUGGAGACUUGAAUGGAGUAUUACAUGGAGACGGGAACUGUGCACACACUGAUCCCAGCAGGAUACAGAGACUGGCACUGUGCACAGUAUUCCCAGUGGGAUAUAGAGACCAGUGCAGUGCACGCUACUCCCGGUGCAAUCAGAAUUCCGGCGAAGUGCAAGCGGACUGUUCCUUGCCAAGUUGGAGAACCGACUGAAGUAGGAAUAACCAUCUGGAGGAAGUAUUAGCUCCUCCUGAGGUCACCAGCCAUGAACCCGGGCAGGAGAAAAGCCAAUUUAACUUGUUUUUGUAAUAAACCUUACCUGCAAAAGCAAACUGGCUGCUAACUCCAUAUUGUUUUCUGACAACUAAUCUUCCGUAAAGUUAAUCUGGUGCUUCUUGGAAUCUGUGAAUAACACGGUCGAAACCCUCCGAAAUAUUAACUUAACGUUCACGGGUCUUGUCCCCUUUGUUUCCUUAUCCCAGCACCUGUGUACAGAUCUCCCCCAGAGAGGGACUGAGAGACACCGGUCAGUGUAGAGAUCUCCUCUGAGAGAGAGGGACUGAGAGACACCGGUCAGUGUAGAGAUCUCCUCUGAGAGAGAGGGACUGAGAGACACCGGUCAGUAUACAGAUCUCCCCCUGUGUUCAGCCACAUUUCGGUAUUUGUUAUCUGAGCCUGAGGUGGCUCUGAAUUGUGUUGGUGUGUGGCCUCAGUGUUGCACAGGCCUACAGCCUACGCUUGAACUUCCUGUGCCCUGUCCAGCAACCUCAGGGGGAUCUUCACCUGUUUCCUGUUUCCCUUCCGUUACUACGGUAGAUUGUUGUCACACACUCCUGG